AUGGCCAUCAUGGCAGUUAUAUCCCUUCUGCAGCACAGCAUCACUGAAUCUCCGCUGCAGGUACUGGCUGCAGCCGCUUUAUUUGUCCCAGUCCUCUAUGUUGUCGUCAAUGAAUUCGUUCGAGCUUCCGCUCGGGUGUCGGGUCUCAAGGGUCCUCGUGGACUCCCUCUGAUCGGAAAUCUUGUACAAAUCCGCAAAAAUGCUGCAGAACAGUAUCGUAUAUGGUCCAGAACAUAUGGACCCGUGUACCAGAUCCAAUUGGGAAAUAUCCCGGUUGUCGUCGUGAACUCGGCGGCGGCAGCAAAGGUUCUUUUUGGACAGAACGCACAGGCCCUGAGCUCUAGGCCUGAAUUCUACACUUUCCACAAAAUUGUAUCGAACACAGCUGGUACAACAAUUGGAACUUCUCCAUACAGUGAGUCACUGAAGAGGCGCAGAAAAGGCGCAGCAUCAGCUCUCAACCGUCCGUCCGUGGAGUCCUAUGUCUCGCACCUAGAUGUUGAGUCUAAAUCUUUUGUGGAUGAACUCUAUAAGUAUGGGAAUGGUGGAGAAACACCGGUGGACCCCAUGCCAAUGAUUCAGCGUCUAAGCUUGAGUCUGUCCUUGACUCUCAACUGGGGAGUACGUGUGGCAUCACAGGAGGAGAGCCUGUUUGCCGAAAUUACCCAUGUUGAGGAAGAGAUCAGCAAAUUUAGGAGCACCACUGGCAACCUUCAGGACUAUAUUCCUCUCUUACGACUUAAUCCGUUCAGCAGCAACUCCAAGGUGGCCAAAGAAAUGAGAGACCGACGUGAUAGGUAUCUCACUGCUCUCAACCGGGAUCUAGAUGAUCGCAUGGAGAAAGGCAUUCACCAGCCCUGCAUUCAAGCAAAUGUUAUCCUCGACAGAGAAGCAAAACUGAGCUCUGAAGAGCUUGUCUCGAUCAGCUUAACCAUGCUUUCUGGGGGCCUCGACACCAUCACGACACUUGUAGCCUGGAGCAUUGGGCUCCUUUCUCAGCGCCCCGAUAUCCAAAACAAGGCUGUAAAGGCAAUACGACGAAUGUAUGGUCAAGAUCAGCCAUUGUGUGACCCCGCAGAUGAUCAGAAAUGUGUGUAUGUCGCAGCCUUGGUAAGAGAAUGUCUGAGGUAUUUCACAGUCCUUCGUCUUGCACUUCCCCGAACUUCUAUCAGAGAUGUUACCUAUGAAGGCACAAUUAUCCCGAAAGGCACCGUGUUCUUCCUGAAUUCGUGGGCUUGCAACAUGGACCCUGAAGUCUGGAGUGACCCGGAGGUGUUCCGGCCAGAACGAUGGCUCGAACAACCAGAUGCUCCUCUUUUCACCUACGGGAUGGGUUAUCGCAUGUGCGCUGGCUCACUACUCGCGAACCGUGAACUAUAUCUUGUUUUUAUGCGCACACUCAAUAGUUUCCGCAUUGAGCCACUCAGUAAGGCUGAUUGGCAUCCCGUUCGAGACAAUUCGGAUCCCACAAGUCUAGUGGCAAUUCCCCAGAAAUACAAGGUUCGAUUCGUUCCUAGGGACGAAAAGGAACUUAUAAAGGCCUUGGAUUAG